AUGAGUGACAUGGAAAUCCAAUUAGUAAAUGCAAUCGAAGCGCUUUCGAAAAUUCCAGAAAAGUACAUAUGCAAUCAAGAGUAUAAAACUCUGAGAGCUAAUUCAAAGCACCUGUGAGUUAGUGAAGCCUCUACUAACAAAUAUUCCAAAGAAUCUUGAAAAAUUAGCUUUCUUAGUGACUUAUUUCGAUUUAUUAUUAACGAAGGCAACGAAGUCUUCCACGAAUGAAAGGAAUUAGCAUUGUUUUAUAUUGAGCAAAUUCAGGGAUUUGAUAUCGAUUGCUCUGUGCUUGAUUUUCAAGCUCUUGCAUAUUUCUUGGAAAGCUUGAAGGAUAUGGCAUGUUUGACAUUGAAACAGGAAUAUUGCAAAUCUAAGUUUGAAUACAUCAAGAAUCGAGCUAGGCAGAUUGACUGUGCAUCUGAGCAUAUUUCAGAAAUAGACAAAGAAUGAAUUCGGAAGAAUAUUAAGAUUUCAUUGUUCUCUUAUUUGUUUGAUAAAGAUCCAGAUUUCGCAAAUUUCGAUGAGAGUUUAGAAGAAGUGCUAAAGCAUACAUAUUGGUCUAAUUUCUUGUAUGAGACUGAAGUAGGGUAUCUUCUCUCAGACAGCUGUAUCCUUUUAAAUAUUAGAUUUAAUGGGCCUGAGCCAAAACAUAAACUUUGUAUGCUUUUAGCAUUUGGUGAACAGCUUUAUAAAAUUUUAAAACAAAGAAAAAAUAUUAUAAAGUUACCACUAAAAAGACUGAGGAAUGAUGAAGACGAAGAAAAAAAAGAAGAAGAAGAAGAAGAAGAAGAAGAAGAAGAAAAAAAUAAAGAAAAACGAACUAAAAAGACAAAGAAAAGUGCAAAGAAGAAGAAGAAGAAAAAUAUUAAAAAGAAAAAGGAGGCAAAAGAGAAAGAGAAGAAAGAAGAAAAAGCAUACAUGAAUGAAAUCGAGGAGUUACAUAUAAGAAAUAGACUAACUACCCUUCUUGACAUGCCAUUAUAUUUCGUAAGUAAUGAAGCAGCUCAACUUUUACUUGAAUAUACAAUUUCAAAUAAAGAUGUGCUUAUUCAAGACUUUGAAGAUGUAAAUUUAGACCCUGAGCACUGAAAAGAAAACAAUAUCAUUCAAUACGAGCCAUUUCAAUUAGAUUAUUCAAAAUUAUGGGCAAUAAUUUCACAUCUACCUCGGGACUGAAAAAAUUGCAUCAGAUCAAUAAAGCAAUUAGCUGAGUUUUAUCCUCAUAUCGAAAAAGCUAUUUCAGCAUUUUCUAGCUCUAUGGAAUUUUUAGACCAUAAAAGCAUGUUUUUGGUAAUUUGCUGACUGUUUUAUGAAAAUCCAUGUCAAAAGCAUUAUUGGCGAAAACUAUGUGAGAAAUUAACAGAUAUUAAAUUUGGUAGUUUUUGAAAGCAGCUUGAAGAAGAUGGUUAUAAAGAAUUAAAAGAAUCUGAAGGUGGAAAUUUUCUAGCUCUUUAUUAUAUAUAUGACUAUUUCGUAAGAGCAAUCAAGCUUUCCAAUAAGCAAAAUCUAUUUCUUAACGAAUUUGACUCUAUUUCAAACAUUUCGCGCUUUAAUUUUCCUUUUGCAAAAAAAUUAUGCGAAGAAGAAAUAUCAAAAAUUAAAGCAAUAUUUUCCACAGAGUAUAUUAGAUCAAGAUAUAGAGAAAAUAGUUUUUCUUAUGAUGAAGAAUUGCUUGAUGAGUUUUUAAGAAAGACAUUUAUGUUCGAUUUAGGAGAAAAAAAUACAUCAGCAAGAGUUUUGAUAAAUAAUUAUACAAUCGUCAACAGUUAUGCUUGAAUUAGAGACCCUACCAUUCGAUUUUCUUACUUGCUUACUUAAUUACUUAUUUAACUGGCAUUUAAGGCGUCUAGUGACGCAACCUAAUAAACUGAGAAAAUUAGCAGAACUAAUUUCUAUCGAACCGAAUGCAAUAUUACAACUCGAUUUUCAGGGAUUACGUAUUCGUUGCUAAAUUGCUUUUCAAGCUUUAUUAGUUUUAAAAAAUGUAACAAUCUUGAAGAAAGAAUCCUUAGUAUAGAGAUUCCAUCGUGCAUCCUAUUUUUUGAUUUUUUGAAGAAAAUAAAUAAAUAUGCCGCAGAGCUAAUGGCUGAUCCUGCAAAUUACAAUGAUACUUUAGAAAAUCAAAUUAAUCAUAUUGAAAGCUUCGCAAAUGAAGAAAUUAUCAGCAUAGACUUUGUACCCGAAGAUUCAGACUUGAAAAAUAUGAUACAAUUAAUGUCCUCAACCCUUCUUGGUGAUUUACAAAAAAUUUGAAUGAAAAAAACAAUUGGUGCGCUAUGAAUUCAAAGAAAAAAGUAUAUAGCAAGCUAUAACAAAUUAUGCAAAGAAUACUCAAAAGAGUAUCCAGAUGAUUAUAACUAUCUUAUUAAUUCUGCAGAAUAUGAUUGAACGAAAGCGAUCAAAUGUUUCCUAGUUCACCUACCUGAAAUGAUGAAUACACUUUUAGGAAUCAGUAAAAGUGUAGAAGCAAGUAAAGUUUUUUGACUGGCAAAUCCAUUUUUCAAAACUCUGCUGAGUCAGAAUAUGUAUGAGCUAUGGCAAAAGCUUUUCCUAAAAAGUCAUAUCCUGCAAUCAUUGAUUAUCGACACAUUUUAUAGCAUUGAGGAGACUUUAGGGCCCAUUAAUAUGAUAGAAACUCAAUUUUACUUUUCCGCCUUUGAUAAAUCAUCUGUAGAUUUUGGGAUUGUUGAGAUCAGAAGUGACAUAAAAAUAUUAAUCAAACAAUUUACAAAAAUUCCUACUAUAAUGGAAUGCUACCGUGAAGUUAUUUCUAAUGUAGAAAUAAAUGAAGUGGAUUAUGAAGGUUUUGUUGAAGAAAUUUUAGCAAAGACAUAUUUGAUAAAGUUUCCUAAGGGUGAUUUUGGUAGAGCAACUUGCAAUAAUUUUAUAUUCAUCUCAACCUUCUCAGAAACAGAUGAUAUUGAGUUGCAAAAGGGGGCAAUAUUAGUGACUUUUCUUCAUGAAAUUAGCCAUUUAUUGGGAAGAUAUAAAACAGAAAAUUUAUCUCAAAAAUUAAAGUACGAUUCUCCAAUUAUUGAUAAAUACCCUAAAAGUGAAGCAGGAAAACAAAUAGAAAAAAUAAUUUUUGAUAUAAUUCCUGAAAAAUUGACGAAAUCUGCAGCUCAUUAUUUGUGUAGUUUACGUAAAAUUGAUAAUUUAGGAGAUUUCCAAUUUGAAUUCGUCAACUUAAACUCUGAAUCAGGAGAUCAUGUCAACCUAUCGCGGAGAGGUUUAAAUGAAGAUUACGUAAUACUUGGAUCUUGUGGAAACAAAAAGCCAAUUAUACGCGAUUUUCAAUUUUUAAUUCAGAAAAAUAAUUAA